AUGCCCAGCUGCAGGGUGCCUGGUGGCGCACCUGCCAAGGCAUGGCGAGGACGAGGCCUGCCUCAGCUUCGCCUCAUUCUCGCCCUCGCCCUCGGCUUUCUGGUGCUGAGCUGCGGCUCGUCCCCCUACGGCGGCACCGCCUCGGCCCACGCAGUACGACCCCAGGCAAGGGACUACGGCAAGCUCUCAGAUGCCAGCCUGCGCGCCCUCUCCCAGACGCACGACCCGGGCCCGCUCAUCAACCACGACGACACCUCGAGCCUCCUCUCGCGCAUCCUCAUCCCGCGCCCGCCCGACACCGACAACAGCACCCUGGUGCGCGAGUACUUUCUCGACGUCUUCCGCACCCGCCUCGGCCGCGACGAGUCAAAGGGCCGCCUCGGCUGGCACAUCGACACCCCCUCCUUCGUCACCGACACGCCCGAGGGACCAAAGAGGAUGACCAACAUCGUCCUCACAAAGAACCCGGCCGCGCCGCGCAAGCUGGUCCUGUCGGCCCACUACGACUCCAAGGUGUCGCCGCUCGGCUUUAUUGGUGCCACCGACAGCGCGGCGCCCUGCGCCAUCCUCGCCGACAUCGCCGUCGCCCUCGACGACGCCCUCGACCGGAGAGAGAGGAGAAUCCACGUUCAGGACCCCGACAAACCGCUCUCGAGGAGCGAGGAGACGACGCUGCAGAUCAUCCUCUUUGACGGCGAAGAGGCGUAUCGGCAGUGGACCAACACCGACUCCAUCUACGGCUCCAGGGACCUGGCCAAGAACUGGACGUCGACCUUCUGGAGUCCGAUGGACUACGUCUCGAGCAGCACGGCGCACGGGCCCAGGCUGACGGCGCGGCGCUACCACAGCGCCUACACGCCCGUGCGGCACAUGGAUACGAUCGAGCACCUCGUCCUCCUCGACCUGCUGGGCGUGCGCAACCCGUCGGUGCCGUCCUACUUCAAGCCGACCGAGUGGCUCCAUGCCGCCCUGGUCGACGCCGAGGCGCGGCUGCGCAGCGCCGGCCUCCUCUUCCCCGCCGGGCUGCAGGAGGAGCGUCGAUCCUUUUUCCACCCGCAGCCGGCCUGGGGCGGCAUCGAGGACGACCACCUGCCCUUUUUGCGCGCCGGCGUACCCAUCUUGCACGUCAUACCCAACCCCUUCCCCAGCGUCUGGCACAGGAUGGCAGACGAUCGCUCCGCACUGGACUACCCUACCGUCUUUGCCUGGAGCAGGAUCAUGACCCUCUUCACGGCAGAGUACCUCGGGCUCGAGUUUCAAGGUGAGAACGGCACCGUCGCCGCCGCCGCCGCUUCCGCUUCAGCUGAAUCUGCAUCGAAAGGGGGGCGAGGUGGAGAUGAUGGGAAGGAGAGCGAGAGGGGACGCAGGACCGAGCUGUGA